UUGGCGCUCGCUGCGCGGCUCUGGCAGAGGAGGAAGCGGCUGCUGGCCGCCGUCGGGAUCGCCCUGGCCAUGGGCCUCAUCCUGCUCAUCGCCGUGCCCAUGCUGGUGCAGGCGCCGUCCCAGGGCCAGGCGCACUACGAGAUGAUGGGCACCUGCCGCAUGAUCUGCGACCCCUACAGCGCCAGCAGCGCCGCCGGCCCGGCCAGCCGGCCCGGAGGCACCACCGCCGCCCUGGAAGCCAUGCAGGAGCUGAGCGCCAACCCGCCCCCGCCCCCGCCGCCCUUCAUCCAGGGCCCCAAGGGCGACCCCGGCCGGCCGGGCAAGCCGGGGCCGAGGGGGCCCCCCGGAGAGCCGGGCCCGCCGGGUCCUAGAGGGCCGCCCGGGGAGAGGGGCGAUUCGGGCAAGCCGGGGCUGCCGGGGCUGUCAGUGGCCGGCAUCGGGCCGCCCGGCACCGCCACCACGGGCGGAGGAGGGGCGUCGGGGCUGGGCGGCAGCAGCAGCCCGCCGCCGGGAGGCGAGGUGACGGGCGCGCUCAGUGCUGCCUUCAGCGGGCCCAAGAUCGCCUUCUACGUGGGCCUGAAGAGCCCCCACGAAGGCUACGAGGUACUCAAGUUCGACGACGUGGUGACCAACCUGGGCAACCACUACGACCCCACUACGGGCAAAUUCACCUGCCAGGUGCGCGGCAUCUACUUCUUCACCUACCACAUCCUCAUGCGGGGCGGAGACGGCACCAGCAUGUGGGCUGACCUCUGCAAGAACGGACAGGUGCGAGCCAGCGCCAUUGCCCAGGAUGCAGACCAGAAUUACGACUACGCCAGCAACAGCGUGGUGCUGCACCUGGACUCGGGGGAUGAGGUGUAUGUCAAACUGGAUGGAGGCAAAGCCCAUGGGGGCAACAACAAUAAGUACAGCACUUUCUCUGGCUUUCUUUUAUACCCUGAUUGA